AGGUAAAUCCAACUACAUCAUGGCAAAAAGAGAAUUCCAAUACCAACCGAUUCAUAGAGGCUACAUACUUACCGAGGCUGCCCAAAUUGACAAGAAACUAUACGAUGAAAUUGCUACAAGCGGGAUUCGGAAUAUUGUUGGGGACUUUAUAGUCGAGCCUAAAAAGAGCAAAGCUUGGGAAUUAAAAAAGGGUCAAGUUUGUAGAAUAACUGUGAAAGAAGGGUCGCAAGUAGGGGACUUAAACGUAUGGAAUUUACACAACUUCAAAGAGAGAUUUUACUCUGGGAAAACGCGACAGAUUCAUGGCUCUCAUCUGAGUAAAUAUGACCGUCUGUGGAGUUGUUUUCCGUACCUGAACCCAUUGGCUACAAUCACCGCCGAUAGUUUGGAGGAUUAUGGAAUUGACCCCGAGGGAGGUUCUGUUCAUGAUGUCAUUGGUACAAUGUGUGAUCCAUUCACGCAUCAGUUAAUGACAGGGAAGCCUUCGGUAUUUUCGUGCUACCAAGGCCUCGUUGACGCAAUCAAACCUUGGGGGUUAAAGGAGAGUGACGUCCAUGAUGUCUUCAACAUAUUCAUGUGUUCUGGGUUCACUAAGGACACGCAUGAGUAUUUCAUACGAGCUAGUCCAGCGAGAGAUGGUGACUACAUUGAGUUUGUGGCCGAGAUGGAUUUGCUGGUUGCCUUGAAUGUCUGUCCUUAUGGUGACGUUUCGAUUACAUGCGGGAAUGUCGUGCCAGACUCGAUGUGUCAUCCUCUACAUGUUGCUAUAGGUCAACCGAUGUAACACCGGCGACUGCCAAUAGAUGGCACAAUUCUGUGAGUUUGAGCGUAUAUUAAAGGUGCAAAAAUUAGUGCAUGGACCAGUGUCAAAAUAUGUUUAAGUUUUGAUAUUUCAUCAAGACUAGCAUAUAUCUUUAUUAUCUCCAAAGAAACCACCUGGAUGUACAUUAUUUCAGCUGAUAUUACUCUUGAAACGUGGUAGAUCUUAAAAUCUAUAAGUGGGACUCCCUUUAUAGAAACUUUGAACUGAAUUUACACUUCUUAAUGCUGAAAUAGAUAGCUUAUCCAUACAAAAUAGGAAUGCCAAAGAAGACAUUAAG